GUGUGUGUGUGUGUGUGUGUGUGUGUGUAACAAAGCAAAGAGCAUUAUUAUUUAGCUUGUGAAGUCACUUUGGCACACCUUUCCAGCCUUAUCAGCGAGGGCGUGUCCCUAACGAGCGCACUCUGACAGGAACCACCUGAGCUCAGUGCGCCACUACGGGAGGAGGAAGAUGGGGAAAGCAGGUGAACGUGGGGACUUUGAAUGGGUUUACGACGAGCAGCCGCACACAUGGAGGAGAAAGGAAAUUUUAGCGAAGUAUCCACAAAUCAAGACUUUGAUGGGUCCUGACCCUCAGCUGAAGUGGGUUGUGUCUGGGAUGGUAUUCACUCAACUAGUAGCAUGUUACCUGAUUCAUGACUUGUCAUGGAAGUGGGUGUUUUUUUGGGCAUAUGCCUUUGGUGGCUGUAUAAACCACUCCUUGACCCUGGCCAUCCAUGACAUCUCGCAUAACAUCGCAUUCGGGAACAAGCAAGUGCGCUGGAACCGCUGGUUCGCCAUGUUCGCCAAUCUGCCCAUCGGCCUUCCUUACUCAGUCUCCUUCAAGAAAUACCAUAUCGACCACCACCGCUACCUUGGAGGAGAUGGCCUGGACGUGGACAUCCCUACCGACCUUGAAGGCUGGUUCUUCUGCACACCUGCAAGGAAGGUGCUCUGGCUUUUUCUCCAGCCCUUAUUCUAUGCCUUGCGGCCUCUGGUGGUAAACCCAAAACCUGUGACCAGAAUGGAGAUGAUGAAUGCAUCCAUACAGUUUGCAAUAGACAUUAUUAUUUACUAUAUCUGGGGACUCAAACCAAUCGUGUACCUUAUCUCAGGGUCCAUAUUGUGCAUGGGCCUGCAUCCCAUCUCUGGACACUUCAUUGCUGAACAUUACAUGUUCCUCAAGGGUCAUGAGACCUACUCAUACUAUGGGCCCCUGAACUUGAUCACUUUCAAUGUGGGAUAUCAUAUGGAGCAUCAUGACUUCCCCAGCAUCCCUGGUAGUAAGUUACCUGAGGUGAAGAAAAUAGCAGCGGAGUAUUAUGAUUCACUGCCGCAGCACACCUCUUGGAUACGAGUGCUCUGGGACUUUGUGUUCAAUGACAGCAUUGGUCCCUAUGCAAGAAUCAAAAGAGAAUACAAACUGGCCAAACAGGAAUAAGUUGUACUGUGGGUGCAUUAUUCCUCCUGAGCCACUAUUUAAAGAGAAAAGAAGAAAAGCUGGACGGGCCUGCUGAACCGAAACGUGUGUUUAAAACUUUUUUCACUUACACCUCCAGCGGGAAAACAAGUUUAGAGUACAUAUGAACUGGAUGGAAAGCCAAGUGUUGGAUAGAAGAAAUAGAUGCUGACAUGAAAUGUGUUUGUGCUAAUGAACCACUAAAAUGUCUUUUUCAUCAGAAAAAGUUCGAACAGUCCUUGAGACAUGCUGUAUGUAUUAGACCAGGCAGUCAAUGAAAAGGUGUUGUAAUCUGUGAUUAAUCACUAAUUUAAAUAAUAGGCUGAUGAGUCAUGAACUGUAAAUCAACCUGCAUACUUUACAGUACGAUAAUUGCUAAAUUAAAACAAGCAUUUAUUAAGUUGAA